UCAUCCCACACCCGGAAACACAGCACGCUACCUCACUUGCCUCUCUGCCGCCUUCUUCUGGCACACAGGAGUUUAACUUCUGGCUCCAUAUGGGUAACUUAUUGGCGCUAACCGUUCAGUGCUAAUCGCUUCGGUGUAGGAAACGGGCUUGUUGCAUUCUUUUCGCGGUACAGUUAGCGAAGACUGAGCAGCGCGUCCACAGACCACCGCAAUCCCAUCCACACCGUCACUCAGUGACAUUGACAUAUCACCACGUUAGUGUUGUGCUGUCGUGCACAAGUUAAUGUGUAUAUAGUAACAUUCGGCUCCGGAGCGCUUUCCCUGCAGUUCCCCCCAGCUUCAGCCAUAAUGAGCGAAUACUUCAGCUUGUCGGACUGUGAUGUUAUCGGUUUCGACCUGGACCACACGCUCUGCCGCUACCAUCUGAAGGAGACCUCCAGGCUGAUCUAUGAGAGCUUUGCCAGGUUUUUGGUGGAGCAUAAAGGCUAUGACAAGGAGCUGCUGAGCUUAACCCCUGCUACCUGGGAUUUCUGUUUUAAAGGAUUAGUGGUGGAUCUGGAAGAUGGAAACCUUGUGAAGCUGGCUGAAGAUGGAACCGUCUUGCGAGCGACUCAUGGAACAACUGACCUUAGCACAGAAGACAUCAUCAAACAUUAUGGUCCAAAGAGGGAAUGGAAGCACUUCAACAGCCUCAACACUUCCUUCACAAGAUCUGCAAAAUACUAUUUCUAUGAUAAUUACUUUGAUCUACCUGGGGCUCUUCUCUGUGGAAGAGUUGUGGACAUGUUGCACAAGCGAGGAAACGAGGUGAAUUCCGACUUUUGGAAAGACAUGGUGGCUGCCAUUGACCACAAUUACAACACUUCUGCAUUUAAAGACGAUGCAGGGACUUACUUUCCCAGUGUGAAGAGAGAUCCAGGUCGGUACCUGCAGGCCUGCUCUGACUCCGUCAAGAGCUGGCUGCGCAGCAUGAAGAACGCCGGGAAGGUCCUCCUCCUCAUCACCAGCUCUCACAGUGACUACUGCAGGCUUAUCUGUGAACACAUCCUGGGGAAGGAUUUUGAAGAGCUGUUUGACGUCAUCAUCACGAAUGCCCUGAAACCUGGUUUCUUCUCUUUGGUGCCCCAGCAGAGGCCCUUCAGGACCCUCGUUAGCGACGUGGAGGACAGCGAGGGGCUGCCAUCGCUGGACAAACCUGGCUGGUACUCUCAGGGCAACUGGCCUCACCUCCAUGAGCUGCUCAAGACCAUGACAGGGAAACCAGAGCCCAAGGUGGUGUAUUUUGGAGAUAGCAUGAGGUCGGACAUGUUCCCUGCCAGCAGCUUUGGGAAGUGGGAGACAGUGAUGAUUGUGGAGGAAAUGGAGGGGGAGGGUGUCCCGAAGAGCAAUGCUGCAAUGUCCAAUGAGGCACAAGUGGAGCCGCUGGAGAAAAAGGGAAAGUUUGAGGACCAAGGUAUGAAGGCACCCUCUGCUGCGUCCAAGCAGUGGGGCUCCUACUUUGUUGAUGUACACAGAAGCGGAGGAGGGGAUGAGGAGAGCCAGAAACUGACCUGGUGCUGCCACUGCAUUCACAAAUACAGCACUAUGGCCAUCCCUAGUGUAGAGCACAUAGCAGAUCUCCCUCUGGAUUACAAGUUCCGCAGGUUUUCCCCUGACGAGCCCUGCACCACCGGCUAUUACCCCAGGCCCCCAGAUUCUUUGCUGAAGAGGUAUGAGAGUUUGUCAUAAAAAAAAAAAAGGAAAAAGUUGGAAAAAAAAAGAAGAGUUCUCCCGUACCCCUCUGCCUCAGGAGAGGAAUGUGCCUCCAUUUUUGCCUGUAGUUUUUCACCUGAUCCCGCUGUCAUUUGUGGAGCAAAGGAAGCAAACACUCCUCAGCCAUUCAGAGAAACCAUGUGAAUGUAAGCCACAGUAUCUGUAAUAAUGCCUACAUUUGAACGUUGUAUCGUGGUUUAGUGUACUGUACACGUGGACAUAAUAAGUGUGCAUGUGUGUGUGUCUGCAUACUGUAUUAAUAAGAAAUGAUGUGUUUUCAUUGUUUCAUUUGUGUGGCCCCCUAUUAUUUUCUAUGGUAAAUCUGAUUUUCCUGAAAUAAAGUGAGCAUUUUACUGUGUCUUUAUCCCAGAAGUGAUUACCUCAAGAACGUUACCCACUGUAAGCAGUUCCCGGAUAGUCCCCUUGAAACCCUUUGGAAUCAUUGUGUCAGUCUUAACACUGUUAUUGUGAAGUCUUUUUUUUUUUAUUAUAGCUUUACUGUAUGCAUUUUAGGAACCUUAACAGGAGGUUUAAGGUCUAAUGUUUUCCCCGUGUCAGUUUUGUAGAGAGUGUUAAUCUUCAGGUCAUUGUUGCUAAAGAACUGACAUAAUGCUGACCUUUAUGUUUGCUGUUUCAAGAAAAAAAAAGGAAAAAAAAAACCUUUGGAAAACACUUCAUAAUAAUAAUGGAUGAUUAAGACUAUGCUAGAUGUUCUCUGUAUUAUUUUUGGUGCAACGGUGCCAUGUGCUUUUUUAGUGAUUGUGUAAAAAUGUGGACUACUUGUGCUUCAUUCAUAUGCAGUACCAGAUUGAGAUACGGUUUAGCCGACUCUUGAAUGGUUAUUUGUCGGUUUGCAUAGACGAGCUGUGCCAUAAUAUUGAAAGAACGCUCAGUUAAGAAAUCUGUGGAAGUUUGAUUGUUGCUGUUAAGUCACAGAAGAUUGAUUUCUGGUUUAUCACUGUGUAUUUAGGAAGUGUUUAGCCUAGCUUAGAAGUAAGGCAGCAAAGCUGUUAGUGCCAACAUAAA